CUCCAUCUUCACGGUAGCAGCAGCCAGCGUCCUCAAGUUAGUAGCCAACAUGCAGCUCUUGUCCACUCUCAGGAACUACCCACCCCCGAGGUGACCGGCCAGGAGACGGUCACCCAGAUCAAAGCUCAUGUGGCCUCACUGGAAGGCGUUGCCCCUGAAGAUCAAGUCGUGCUUCUGGCAGGCUCGACGCUGGAGGAUGAGGCCACCCUAGCCCAGUGUGGUGUAGAGGCCCUGACCAGUCUGGAGGUAGCUGGCUGCAUGCUGGGAGGUAAAGUUCAUGGUGUCCUGCAGCUGGCUGGAAAAGUGAGAGGUCAGACUCCCAAGGUGGCCAAACAGGAAAAGAAGAGGAGGAAGACAGGCCGGGCCAGGAGGCACAUGCAGUACAACCGACGCUUUGUCAAUGUCGUGCCCACCUUAGGCAAUAAGAAGGGCCCCAAUUCUAUUCCUAAGUCCUGUUGUGAUCCUACUGUGCUAAUAAAGCCACUUUGCCCAGAAAAAAAAAUGUUAAGGGCUUACCUUUUGGAACUUCUUGUAGGUUUUUGACAGCACUCCCUUGGUUUUAAUAGCCAUAUACCAAUGCUUGUUCCCAAAUCCAUCCCCGUCUUUAAAGUAAGGCUGUGUGUUCUCAGCCUAAAAAGUUAGAUAACUUAGGUUAUCUAUCAAUAUUCCUCCAACAUAAAAUUAAUGGGACUACAUUAGAGGAAGAAAACAAACAACAUUAAAACCUUUAUCAGCUGAAACAGGCACCACGGACCUGUGAGGUGCUGUAUCAGGUAAAGGCCUUUGCCCUACAAGCCUGACUACCUGAGUUUCAUCUUCAGAACACCCAUGCUGGGAGGAGAAAAUCAACCCUAAAAGGUUGCCCUCCACACAUAGGCUGUGUGUAUACAAUUUUUUUUCUUUUUACAAAAGAACAUGUAUUCUCUCUUCAGUGAAAGUGGAUGUCUUAAGGACACCUGGCUCUGCUUUCUGAUAGACCCACCCUCUGUAGUCAUGUGACUAGGGUAGGGAGUCCAGAUCAGUUGAGGUGUUGACCACAAACUACUCUGUGUUAACUUGGCCUGGUGGCUGUCUCUGGUCCAGGACUGGGUGGAGGACCUCUUAUUAUUCUAGGGAGCACUCCUAAGUGUGACCAAGGAGGUGUGACGUCUCCACUCAGCAGAUUUAGGAAUGGCCAGAGCCUGGGUUCCUGGUAGGAUGUUGCUUUGUUGGGUUUUUUUGUUUGUUUGUUUGUUUUAUCUGUAUGGAUGUAUAUCUGUGCUUGUCUGCUGCCCAAGGAGGCCAGAAGAAUGUGUCAGAUCCCCUGAAACUGGAGUUACAGGUGUUUGUGAGCUACCAUAUGUGACUUGGACCAGUAGAUUGUUUUUUCAGUGACAGGAGCCUGAGAAGAAGGACCAGAAGAUAGGCAAGUUUGUAAUUGGGAAAUCUAGCACAGCUGUGUCUUAUGCCAAGCACGGUCUUUAAAUAAGCACAGUGUCUUAUAUGCUGUUCAUAGCAGGAAAUGGGCCAAGCCCAGCAGAAAGCUAAAUCAGUGUUGGCAAAGAGAACACGGGAGGCCUCAGUCACAGCCACCU